AAGAGAUCACGAUAUCCUACCUUGGCGCAUCGGAAAACUACGCUGCGAGGCAAUCGCGUUUGCAAGAGUCUUUUGGGUUCGUCUGCGCCUGCGAACUGUGUACACUUCCAGCACACAACGAACGUCAAGCGAUUGCCGUCUCAAUAGGAUCAAGUACCUUGACGACCAGAUCGGAGAUGGCAUACGUAUUGUUUCGACUCCCUUCGCAUGCCUUCGGAUGGCGCACAAGAUGAAGCUCCUCAUGGAAGAGAAGGGCAUUGCCGAUGCAAGAAUCCCGCGACUCUAUUAUGAUGCAUUCCAGAUCGUAAUUGCCAAAGGUGACGAAGCAAGAGCGAAUGUUUUCGCUGAGCGCGCUUCUGUCGAGAGGCCCAUCAUGGAGGGAAGCGACAGCGCGGUAGUGCACAGACUAAACAAGUACGCUACGAAUCCAUCGAGCCACGUCCUGCACGGUACGUCGAAGCAAUGGCGACAGGGUGUCAAUAAAAUACCACAAGGUUUGAAUGAGCAAGAUUUCGAAAAAUGGCUUUGGAGAUUGCCGACCUGAUGCUACAGAAACCCCCCAAUUUAGCCUUCUUUGCGGAAAGGAUGCCAGCUACAUCAGGCGAUCAGAUUUAGAGCACUCAUACGGUCACUGGCUAGAGGUUGAGCUGCUGCCGCGCAUUGUUACCACAUUGUUACCCCGCUGGUGCCCCGUCGGUGUAUCAUUAGCGC